AUGGCAUCCACCGUCAAAGGAGAUAAUAAACCGUUGAGUACCCGGAUCGAGGAGUACGAGGCACAUCGCAAGGAAAUAAUCGACGAAGAGGAUGGUGUUGCUUUUGACUACGCAUGCAAAAAGAAUGCAACUGCUGCCGAGAUACUGGCUGAUGCCGUGAUAAGGAAACUGAAGACGGAUGAUAAGGAAGCCUUUUAUGAUUCGGCAGCCACGAGAACAGGCUUUGGCAGGCAGGAGCAUCCGCAUUUCCCAGGCGACCAUUUCCUGACAAAUGAGCCUAUUAUCGCUAAGACUGAACUGCUAAAGGUAGCCAAGGCGAUGCCGAAGGGCGCACAUCUGCACAUACACUACAAUGCCUGUUUACUACCAACCGUGCUGUUGGAGGUGGCCAAGGGCAUGGAUCGCAUGUUCAUAACGAGCGAUCUACCGCUCGUGUUGACCAAGACGUCCGAAUCAGACAGCUUGGUCGGCACCGAGAAUUUCUUCCUCUGCGAAAUACAAUUUUCUAUCCUGUCCAACGAAAAGGUGACCGACCCGGGUGACAUUUUCAGCCCAGCCUACAAGCCGCGCCAGACUAUGCACUUCAAAAAAUUCUUGAAGCGCUUUCCUAGCGCGUUCGGCACCCCGGCCAUGGAAUGGCUGGCGUCGAAGCUGGUCUUCUGCGAGGAAGAAACCUACGACAUCCCUCAGACGUCGAGAGGGGCCUGGGAGCGUUUUAAUGGACGGACGCGUAUGAUGAAGGGACUCUUCAAUUAUGCGACUGCAUACCGGGAAUACACAAAAGCUUUUUUAGAGAAUCUUCUGGAAGACAAUAUACAGUACGCAGAGAUACGGCCAAACUUUAUGCCAACCAACCACCUGUGGAGCGACGAUGGGACGAAGCAGAUCACCAACGCUGGCAUCAUCGAAAUAAUCAUUGAAGCAUGCAAGGCUUUCAAGGCGCGAAAGGAAGAUGAGAGGAAUAAAGCUGAGCAGAAAAAAGCCAAGCAAGACAGAGCCGAGAAGGACGGAGCCAAGCAGGACGACAAGCAGGACGACAAGCAGGACGACAAGCAGGACGACAAGCAGGACGACAAGCAGGACGACAAGCAAAUGCGGCACUUUGACGGUAUCAAGAUCAUAUACUGUACGCCGCGAUCAUUUUCGAACGAACAGAUAAAGAGCGCGCUGGAUGAAUGCCUUGAAUUUAAAAGAAGGUGGCCGGGUUACAUAGCCGGUUUCGAUCUGGUUGGCGAGGAGGCCAAGGGCCAUCCACUAAAGAGGUUUGCAGUUGAACUGCUUACGUUUCGACACCAGUGUAUUAAAGAGGGCUAUGAUAUCCCCUUCCUCUUCCACUGUGGUGAGACGCUCGAGAUGGGCACCGACGUCGAUCGCAAUCUGGUGGACGCCCUGGUGCUGGGCGCAAAGCGCAUCGGCCACGGCUUCGCGUUGCCUCGUCAUCCGGUCAUCCUGCAGCGGAUGAAGGAGGAGGAUGUCUGUGUCGAGGUCUGUCCGAUUUCUAACGAGAUAUUGGGCCUGACGCCUCGCAUCGGCGGCCAUGCCGUCUACAGCCUGCUGGCCAACAAUAUGCCUUGCACGGUAAACAGCGACAACGGCACGCUCUUCAAGUCCACUCUUUCCCACGACUUUUACCAGAUCCUGGUGGGCAAGGAAGACAUGGGUCUCUUUGGCUGGCGACAGCUGGCCGAGUGGAGCCUGAAGCACGCCUGUCUGAACAAGUCCGAACUGGCCGAGGCCCGGGUUCACUGGCUCGCAGCUUGGUGUCGCUUCAUUAUCUGGUUGCUCGAGACGUACGGUUUGGCAGACAAAGAUACAAAAAUGGUACUGGCAGAAAUCGCAAAUGGAGAUAAGAAAGCAGCGAUAGCCUUGGACUCAAAACAGACUACUGCGGCAGAAAACCCGGCCACAACCAAGCAGUAG